AACGAUGAUGAGAGAGAGAGAGAGAGAGAGAGAGAGAGAGAGAGAGAGAGAGAGAGAGAGAGAGAGAGAGAGAGAGAGAGAGAGAGAGAGAGAGAGAGAGAGAGAGAGAGUUAGAGAGAGAGAGAGAGUGAGUGAGAGAGAGAGAGAGAGCGAGAGGAGAAAAAAAAAGAAGAGAAAGAGAAAGAGAAGAGAGAGAAGAGAGGAGAGGAGAGAGAGAGAGAGAGAGAGAGAGAGAGAGAGAGAGAGAGAGAGAGAGAGAGGAGAGAGAGAGAGAGAGAGAGAGAGAGAGAGAGAGAGAGAGCGAGAGAGAGAGAGAGAGAGAGAGAGAAGAGAGAGAGGAGAGAGAGAGAGAGAGGAGAGAGAGAGAGAGAGAGAGAGAGAGAGAGAGAGAGAGAGAGAGAGAGAGAGAGGUGUGACGAAGGCUCGAGCGCUGAAGGAAGAAGGCAUGAAUAUCAGCCAUGCCCCCUUUGCAAUUGAACAUGAGCCACUCCCUCUUUGCCAACUGAAUGGGAGCUAUGCUCCUCCUGCAAUUGACU